CAUGGAUGGCAAAGAUCGAAGAAAGUCGAAGUCAAGAGUGUACUGCUUUUGCUUUCUGGACUGACUCUGGGAACCCAGAAGAAAAAGCUCCAGCCCUAACUAGGGCUGAUCCUUUUUGAGUGUCAAGCUGAGGACAAAUUACAAAGAAUGAUGUGCUGUGUUUCAGUGGCUUGGGAUGGUGAAGAGUUUCAUCAUGUUUUCAGUCAAGUACUUAACAAAUACUUGCUCUCCCAGGCCCUAAUUUAGGCGCUGGGAUAUCACAGUGAACAAGAUAGAAUAUUUUCCCUCAUGAAGCUUACUGGCAGGGCAGAUUUUUAAAAAUGGCUCUGAGUAAAUCAAUGCAUGCAAGAAAUAGAUACAAGGACAAACCUCCUGACUUUGCAUAUCUGGCAUCCAAAUAUCCAGAUUUUAAGCAGCAUGUUCAGAUAAAUCUGAGUGGAAGAGUGAGUCUGAAUUUUAAAGACCCGGAAGCAGUCAGAGCUCUGACUUGUACUCUUCUAAAGGAAGAUUUUGGACUUUCUAUUGAUAUUCCAUUGGAAAGACUGAUUCCUACAGUUCCCUUGAGACUCAACUACAUUCAUUGGGUAGAAGAUCUCAUUGGUCAUCAGGGCUCUGACAAAAGUACUCUCCGAAGAGGAAUUGACAUAGGUACUGGUGCAUCGUGCAUCUAUCCUUUACUUGGAACAACCUUAAAUGGCUGGUAUUUCCUUGCAACAGAAGUAGAUGACAUGUGCUUCAACUAUGCGAAGAAAAAUGUGGAACAGAAUAAUUUAUCUGAUCUUAUAAAAGUGGUAAAAGUACCACAGAAGACACUCUUGAUGGAUGCCCUUAAAGAAGAAUCUGAGAUAAUCUAUGAUUUUUGCAUGUGCAACCCUCCCUUUUUUGCCAAUCAGUUGGAAGCCAAGGGAGUAAACUCUCGAAAUCCUCGGCGACCUCCACCUAGUUCUGUAAAUACAGGAGGUAUUACAGAAAUCAUGGCAGAAGGAGGUGAAUUAGAGUUUGUUAAAAGGAUCAUCCAUGACAGUUUACAACUUAAAAAAAGAUUAAGGUGGUAUAGCUGUAUGCUGGGGAAAAAAUGCAGCCUGGCUCCUCUAAAGGAAGAACUUCGCAUACAAGGGGUUCCUAAAGUCACCUACACUGAAUUCUGUCAAGGUCGGACAAUGAGAUGGGCUUUAGCUUGGAGUUUUUAUGAUGAUGUUACAGUACCAUCACCACCCAGUAAGCGAAGAAAACUAGAGAAGUCAAGAAAACCUAUUACAUUUGUAGUGUUGGAGUCUGUGAUGAAAGAAUUGUCCCUCAAAGCAUCAUCUCUGGGUUCUGAGACAGUAGAAGGAAUAGUAGUUGUAACAGCAUGGAUUGAAAAAAUCCUCACCGAUCUGAAGGUACAGCAUAAGCGAGUUCCCUGUGGAAAGGAAGAAGUUAGCCUUUUUCUGACAGCAAUAGAAAACUCCUGGAUUCAUUUAAGGAGAAAGAAAAGAGAACGAGUGAGACAACUGAGAGAAGUUCCUCGAGCUCCUGAGGAUGUCAUUCAAGCCUUGGAGGAGAAAAAGUCCACCCCCAAAGAGUCUGGCAGUAGCCAAGAUUUGGCCCAGGGCACCCAGGAGAGUAUCUCAUGCAGGCCUGCUGUACAGGAAGGCGAGGCUACCACUGUUGAGGGCCAUUGCUCAAGCCAGGAUCUGCUUUCCCAAGAAGAAAACCCAGAACCUGUGGAGGAUGAAAGGAGUGAGGAAAAGGGAGGGAUAGAGGUUUUGGAGAGUUGUAAAGGCUCUAGCAAUGGAGCCCAGGACCGAGAGGCUCCUGAGCAAUUCAGCAGUCCAGUGUCUGAAAAGCGGAGCCAUCUCCAAGGAGUGGCUGGACAUUACCUAUUCAAGUGUUUGAUAAACGUAAAGAAGGAGGUGGAUGAUGCUUUAGUUGAAAUGCAUUGGGUUGAGGGCCAGAACAGGGAUUUAAUGAACCAGCUUUGUACCUAUAUACGUAACCAAAUUUUCAGGCUUGUUGCUAGUUAACUUCUUGCACAGUUGGAAAGGUUUUUGUAAAGCAGCUUGCUUCGGGGUGACAAGAUGCAUUCCACCAUAGGCCCAUUGAUAUUAUGUGCAGUUAUCUUUAAAAAAUAAAUAAAUCUAUUUUAAAAUCUCUCCACCCCCCUUUUUAAAGUUAUUGGGCAUAUGGUAGUUCAUGAGGAAAAAUUGUUACCAGCAUCAACAGAAAGCUGUCAGGAGGGAUUUAAACCUGACUUAAGCUGAUCACCUUAGCUUUAGGCUAAGGCCAAAAGAUUGUUUUUGGAGUCUGGUCUUGGUCUGAACUACCGAGCAUCCUGUUCUGUCAUUUAUAGUCGUUUCUUGAGGACGGGUGGCUUUCUCAUUCUCUAAAUGGAGGCAGUACACCAGACAGAUAGGCCCUGUGCCCAGGGUAUACCUCUGCAUCAGUCCUGAGGAAGGAACUGGCCUAAUGAUAGGUGGUGAGAGAGUCAGGGAGAAAGCUUAGUAAUGCCAGGAAGAAGGACUGAACUGGGAGGGCCCUGGAAACGUCACAUUCCUGACUCACGUCUGUUUUGAUGCUGCUUAUUUCAGAAAUGGAAUUAGGUAAGCAAAACUCCCAUACGUGACCGAGACACAACAGAAUGAAGCCAUACCCCUUCUUCCAACCUGUUUGAAAGUACUGUUUUGUAGCAGUUUUCCUGAUGUAUGAUUUUUUUUUUUGACGUUUGAAGUGGAGCUUUGUUUUAUUUUUAAUAUAAGCAUAUUCACAAUUGAAAUCUGUCAGUUCUGUUUGAAUCCUGGGAUUCGGGGGAAUAUUUUCGUAGCUUUGAAGGGGUAAGUGACUAAUGAUAGAACUAAGAAAUGGAACGAGAUAGAUAUGAGCAGUAGGUUGCUUAAGAACGUCUCCUCUAUUGACAGAGAAUUUGUAGCUGAUCAAAUACCACUUUUUGUGGGCUUCCUUGGAAUCCCUUUGGUGCUUAGGUUGUUUGCACUAGAGGAUUCUGAAGCCAGGGUGAUCAUGCUCUUCAAGCCUGUUUCUCAGUGGAAUGCUGCAGGGCUCGGUAGGAAUGGCUCUGGAAAAGGAGUCUCUUCUUCCUGGAGUCUCAGUUACCCUCUGCUGUGCGUAACUUUCACACCUUGAUUUUACACUAGUCAUCUAAGGCUCUAUCUAGGCUGAAGUCUCUUGAGUACGGUACCAGAGCCCUUUCCUAACUGCAGAGAAGACUGGGGCUGAGCAGUUAAGCUAUACUUUUGAAAGGUGGCUGUUGGUUAGGGCAGGCAACUGAACUUGGCAUAUUACAGCAGCACCAAGAUGUGUCCCUUAGCAGAGAUGAGAGAACUGAAAAUAGGACUAUAUUGUACUUCCUUCUGUUGGCGGAGACAGAGCUGCAGAAGAGAACAUGUUAGCUAGCGUUAUUCACCUGGUCUGAGGACCUGUAGAGAAUCCAGAAACCUCCUGGAGUAUUUCUGAAAGCUGUGAACACCGCCCUCCCUCACCCCUCUGGAGAGAAGAAUCUCUGACAGGAUGAGGAAACCAAUACACAGGGUCACACAGAGUAGCAUAUGCUCAUUAAAGAUUUGGAAAAUGAGGGUAGAAAACAGCAACAGAAUCACUCCUCAUCACAGUUUUCCCAAUUAUGACCAUUAUUGGGAUUUUAAUGUUUCCUUCUAGUCUCUUUCUGUAGAUGGAGUGUGUAAGGAUGUGAGCUUAACUUGGGUUGUACUCAUACUGUGUAUUUAAUUUUAUAUUACACUUCUCUUCAUUUAUCAUCUUGUAUUUGUCUGUUAGAACAAUAGGAUAUUUACAUACACUCCUUACCUGUUCAAAAUGCAUUUCAGACACAGUAUUACAUUCAUUUAAGUCUGGUGCUGAGGGCUGCCCACAAAGUGCUGUGUGAUGGGAGGCAUGGAAGAUGUGUCUUGCAUCUCUAUGUGCUUUGGUGCUCUGGAUUUAAGGAGUGUCCUGGGGGAGGUUUUAUAGGUGGUUGAGCUCAUGCUCUUACCACCCUGAUGAGGGAAGCUUCCUGCUAGAGCUGUGGGUGCCUUCUUUGUUUGCCCUUGGAGGUCUUCAUUUUCUUCUCGGAGAAGAAUAGUUUUAUUUUCUAAAGAGAGGACACUGAAAACAUUUUUUUAAAAGACAUUAAACUUUUAAUUUUAAUUACGCAUAUAUUUUAUAAUUGUGUGAUGUGUGAUAGCAUACACUUUUGGUAUGAAUGGCAAGAGGAAUUUUUUUCUUUAAAGAAAUAGGUUAUUGACCAGUGUAUCAUAUGAUUGAGUGAUGCUUGCCUUAAGUGCCUCUCGAGGUCAAGUUCAUGUUGAUGGAUUUUAUGGACCUAAGCCCUUGUGGUAUUAUCUUAAAUUCUAUUCAGAUCCCUGGCAUUGGCUUCUGAUCUCUUGGUAACUAAAGUAGAGACAGAAGCUGAACUUGUUUUCCAGGGGGAAUCAGAGCUGCUUUUGUUCUUUGGAAUCUGCUUUGCUUCCAGCAGUGUGGUUCCUUCACCCCACAUCCUUGCCCUGCUCUUCACAUGCCAGAGCUCUGCUGCAUGUCCUAGAAAGGUUGGUGUCGCCGUGGUGGAGUUUCAGCUCAUCUAAAGGGUUCAUGUUGAUUACUUAAAAUUUUAGUAUGUAUUUUUUUGAAAUAUGAAACCUCUCUUCUCUUGAUGGAAACGAUGUAAGUACACCAACUUCUAAGCCCUGACAAGUAAUAAAACUGCAAGAUGUGGGAAAGAUGCAAAAGCCUGUGGAAAGUCCGAGGCCUCUUAGAAGGGAGUAAGUAGCCCUUCAUCUUACCUAAACCUCAGCAUUUUCCUCUCUGGCCACAUGGGGGCAUCUUUGGCCUUUGAUCGAGCAUCUUAACUACUGCAGGAAUGCAUAAAAUGUGUCCUUGGUAUUUUCUUGAAAUAUCCAUUUGAUACCUAGAUAAUAAUUUUUAUGCAAACAAGUACAUUUUCAUGUAAAUAAAAAUCUGAAAAAUAAAAGAAUGAGGGGAAAAAACACCUCAUGAUCUUUUUUUUCUGAUUAUAAUAUUUCAACUUUUUAUGUUUCUUUAUGGUCCCAGUUGACAGUAUUUUCUUUUAUUUUCGUGUAUCCUGCUACUCUAGAAUAUGUCCAGGUUGAGUCAGUUCUUUGGAUUAACUUUUUAUUGGUAUCUAGCUAAUGGGGGUAUUGGAGGGAGUAAUUAGUUAUCUUAAACACUAAUUUCUCAGAAGUCUUGGUUCCAGGAAGAGUUAAUAUAGAGAGUUUUAAAAAACCUUUCGCUGUUCUUUUGUCUUUUAAUUCUUGUUUUGGUUUUAUCUGGCUGGCUGACUAGCAUAUGUGUUGUUUCCAUCAGAAGUUGGCACACUUGGCUCUCUGUUGUGUACAUUAUAUAGGUUAGCUAGACCUUGUUUCCCACAAAGGAUGUUUCUCUGUAGAACAUAUAUAUAAAUCUGGGGCCUGUGAGCUUUCAAGGAAAAGUUCCAUCUACCCUUAUUGUUAUGGUACAGAAUCAGAGGUGAUGGGUGGCCACCCAACAGAUUGCACAUUAGGAGGAAAAAGGUCCUGUCUGGAAAACUAAGAAGCCCCCUUGGAGAAGGAAGUCUCAAAGGUGCAGCAGGUUUACAGCCAUCCAGGAGGUGCCCUCAGAAAAGGGACGUGACCACAUCUCGUUUAGAGAAGUUGGCGCCCAGGAGGUUUGGUUUGCUGAAUGCGCACUAACCCCCAGUAAGACACAGAAGAGUUUUACUACUGUGAGCGAAUUGGCUUUUGCCUCCUGGAGCAAAGUGUUGGUUGUAUUGAACCUUUCUAAAUACUCCCAGGUACAAAGUCUUGGUGCUAGUGCUAGCGUGGUCUUAAAAGCCCCAUGGGGGGCUUACCCAUUAGCAGCAGAGCCUCGCACACAUACCAGAGAGUUCCCUCUCUGUUCUGUGAAGACAUUUAGAUCCUCUGCUGUGACUUACCCAAAUGACUAAAACAGCAGUUUAUUUUUUUAAUUACUGGUUGAAACAGCUAAUGCUCCCUUUUGGAACAGCUAAUGCUGCCUUUUGGAACAGCUAAUGCUGCCUUUCGGAGGCUGUGCUUUACUGCAGGGGACUGUGUUGUGACUGAGUGAAGGCCUUGCACAUCUGAGUGCCCUUUGAGGUGUGGCCUAUCUGCCUCUCGUCCAGGCAAAAACGUUAGGGACUCUAGGCUUUUCCUAGAGAAGUGGUGGGUCUCAGGUGCUCAUGGUAAGCCAGGAAACUGAGAUAAGGAGGAGUGGACCAGAAACUGCAGCUGGACUUGGUAGAAUUGGCUUGUGUGUGAUGGGCCUAAGAGGGCAAAGGAAAUUUAAUCCCAGAUGCUUCUCCAACCACCCUAGGGGAAUGAAAAGCAGAAAAGAGACUUUGUAGUCAUCGGACCUGGCUGUGUGUUCCAGUUGCACUUGCAGAGUAAGUCAGUUUCACUAAGCCUUGGCUUCCUCAUUUGACAGACGGAGGAUUCUUGCCUUGCAGAGUAGUAGCAGCAAUUAAGUGAGAGAAGUACUAAAACACCUGGAGGGGUGCGUAAGCAGAGUGGUUUUCUCAACUUGCUCAUCUCUUUGUAUUUUUCUUUGAGUUUGCCAUAUCUGGUCAGAACAUCUUCUACCAAUAUUCAUGUCAAAAGGCCAAGACCUCAAGUGUAUCACUGCAGGUGUAGAGUACCACUUUUUGACCAAGAAUAAAACCUACGCUUUCCUGUGCUGGAGUGACAAAUAAGGAACCAAAUUGAUUAGCUGUCUUCUAUAUCAGUUGUCUCAUUUAGUAACCCAGCACAGUGGUGUUGUGUGUCCCUCUGUGAUAGCUUUAAAAAAUGGAAAUUCGGAGAGCUUAGGUGACUUGCCCUAAGGUCAUUCAUAGAGCUAAGUCACAGAGAUCAGGUUUGAACUCAGGUCCAGAAAUCUGAGACGGAGAUCUUGUACUGAAUCUCAAGAUUUGUUACAGAUGCUACAUUUUAAAUGAAAAUGGACUUUUAGACUCACUUGACAUACCUGUAGGGAAGAAAACCUCUAUUAUAUGGCAUAGGGAAGAGAGACAAAGCAUCUCAACCAGCUUCACUUCAUGUAGCACUUUAAGAUAGUAUUAUUUUCAAGCCUCUGAUCAAUGAGUAAGAUUUGAUAAUUGAAAUUGCUUAUAAUUAGUUCUUAAUUUAUGCUACCAAGUCUUCAUAGAAUUUUGUAUUUGGCAGCAGUGCAGAUAAUUAAGUAGUUAGUGAAACCACAUAAUAAAAUGCUAUUGCAAGCACAUGUUGGAUCAGAAUCAAUGUAAAAUAACUGAUAAUUAGGUAAUGACUCUUUGACAAUACAUAAUUGUAUAAUGAGGAAGGGUUUUACUUUUUUAUAUUUUAAUAGGCAGCUCCAAAUAUUUCACUUACAGAAUUGAUGUGCUUUUUGAUCUUGCUGAGAAAGUAGCAAUUGUCAGAAAAACAGCAAGUCAUCUUCCCCAGGUAGGUGAAUGAACCUUGUGUAAGUCUAGAGGAAAGAAAAGGCUGCCUGCCAUCUGGUGGACCCAUUCAGAGAGUGUGGCCCAGAGUCUAGAAACUAGAGCCAGGAAAUUCCCAGCUAGGGGACUUGGCUGGCUUCAGCAGCCAAUCAGCCUCUAGGGAAAUGGCCACUUGUGAUACUGCUGUCCAAAAAGAGAAGGCUCUGCAGAGAACACUGUGGAGCCAGACCCUUCCUGGGACAACUGAGGAAGCAUGGGCCUGCUCCCAUAAAUUCUGUGAUUCAAGAGAUUUGAUGUCACUUGCUAGGAAAGGGGGGUUCCCAAUCUGCUCUGGUACAGGAUUCAGGUGUGUUUGUCCCAGGAUUCCUGCAUUCAGGGGCACGUGUGGGGCUUUAUGAACCAAACUCUAGCCUAUUAUUUCUCUGAACUCUAGAUAAGUACUAAUAAGGACUUGAUUCAUUCACAAAGGGAAGUAUUUCCUCAUACUCUAUAAAGCAAGGGCUAGGCAAGCAGGGAUAGAGCUCCUGGCUGACUAAAAGGAAGUAGCUUUUAUUUGAUCCCUCUUGGUUGUUCCUAUUGGCCAUGCAAAAACAGUGUUUAUUGGAUCUUCUGAAUUUUUGCAAGAGACCAGAAAUCCAGAUUUAUGAGAAAUUUACUUAAUUGUAAAUCCUGACAGCUAAUUCAGUAUUCCUUUAAAACCUAGACCAUCAGUUUCUGACCUCUUCCACCACCAGGUGAUAGGACUGUCUAAAUAUUUACUGCCUCUACUUCCCCUAACUCUCAUUUACCUCAGCUACUCAAGUGGCUUGCUGCCUACCUGUCUGUUUUUAUAGAGUCCUUCUCACCUCUUAAGAGAGAAUCCCAAAGAUUCCAUCCAGGAUCCUUGUUUGCUCCUUGCUCCUAGCACUUCUGGCUGACUGCAUCCACUCCCAUGAUUUCAACUGCUGUUUACUCAUAGAGUCAUCAUUCCCAAAUCUAGACCUUUCCUAACUUUCAACAUGUACAUACCUAACCACCACCUACUGGACAUCUCCCCCAGGACCAUUGUAGUGUGAAACUCAACUUACUUUCUAAUUUUUUUUUUAAAAUUUUUAUUUAUUUGUGAUAGUCACAGAGAGAAAGAGAGAAUGAGGCAGAGACACAGGCAGAGGGAGAAGCAGGCUCCAUGCACCGGGAGCCCGACGUGGGAUUCGAUCCCGGGUCUCCAGGAUCGCAUCCUGGGCCAAAGGCAGGCGCCAAACCGCUGCGCCACCCAGGGAUCCCCUUCAACUUACUUUCUAAACCUGUUUUUCUCCCAUAUUCUUGGUCACCAUCCAUCUCGAGCUGUCCAGAUUAGAAAUCUGUUCCUCUCUCCCCUUCACCUCCAGUGACUAAAGUCUUUCACCUUACAAAUAUCUCCUAAAUUCAGCCCAGUCUUUCCUUCCAGACUGCCACUACUUUAGUGCUCUUCCUCAUCUCUCACCAGGACCGGAAGGGUCGCCUAAACCAUUUUUAGGGAACUUCAGAGCUGAGUAGGAGAAAGAGGUUUAGAUAGGUUUAGUGGUGGGGAGAGAGAUGAAGAGACCCAUGUUGGGAGUGAAACAGGAGCACUUUCAGAACAAGGACUGGGAUGGAAAGUAGAUCCAUAGCAACAGGUCACAUUGGUUGAGAUCAAGAGAUAUGAGGCCCUUCCUGAGAAAGCACAAGAGAAACUUUUUUCUCCCUUUAAUUGUUUCAUAGUUACAAAGGUAAUGGAUUCUCAUUAUAAGAAUUUAGAAAAUAAUAAAAAUUUAUAAUUCCACUAUUCAAAUGGAGUUAUUUUACGUUUUGUUAAUAUUUUUUAUAUGCAUACAUAUUUUUUUAAAUAGCAAAUGUAGGAUCAUAUUGUAUAUGAUUUUUUGUAAUCUUUUUCAUGUAGCAAUAUAUUGUGAUAACCUUCUGAGUAUAAGACUAAUCUCUGUGUCAGAAAACUUGUAAAAAUAAAAAUUACCAGUAAUCACACUGUUCGGAGACAGCCACCACUAAUAUUUUGGUUUACUAACAACUGUUUUCUUUAUGCCAUAUUGUGAGUGUUAUUUCACUAAACCAAUUGUUCCUUGCUGGAAA